AUGACAUAAAAGCGAAAUAACAAAGCUCAAAAUUAACAAAAUUAAAUUAUUUAUCAAAAACUGAAUACUUACUAAUCUGACAUUUCUUUUAGACACACAUAUUCAUAAUAACCACUAUAUACAUCCAUCCAUCCAUUCAUACAAAUAAACAUACAUCCAUACCUACCUACCUACAUAAAUUCAUAUAAAAACAAAUCAUAAGUGCUAGAAUAAUUUCCAACCUCUUAAAAUUACUGCUAUUAGCAACAACCUCUAUUUCUAAUUUUAAUUAAUAAAUUUGCAAUCUAUUUAUAAAUAUCCAUCCAAAUAAACUACUUUCUAACCAUUAACCUUCCAUAUUGA